ACAGCUGGUGGCUCACAUUUCUGUGUUGUCUUAAAUUUCUCUUAUUAUUGAACUAUUGAAUUAUAAAACUGCUGUUUUUUAUAUCUUGAUAUAAACAGUUAACACAAAAUGGAUAACUCUCUGGCUCCACUCCAAGAAUUACUCACAGACAUGGUGGUAGCGACUAAUCGCGCCGGGGUGAACAUCAACUCCGAACACAUAACCAUGUUGUCUGGAACUAAAAGUAAGAAACAGCUUAGCCGCAAACGUACCACCGGAAAGACUUCCACACUAACGCGGCGCGAAUAUGCACGUUUGGGUCUCCACACAUUACCCACCCGUCAAAUGCUGUAUGAAGAAGCACUACCGCUACAUCGACUUUGGAAAGGUUAUAUGCGUGAACAUUUGGGACUGCGUAAAGGUGAUACUGUGCCAGCAGUGCAUGAGCCAAGUUACGAUGCCUUCAGCAAAUUGCUUGUGAAAACUGAUUUGCAUGGUGCCAUAGUGCAUGUGGCGGAGUCUAAGUCUUCUACACUUGUGGGCUUAAGCGGUAUUGUGGUAUUGGAUACGAAAAAUAUGCUCAAGCUAUUGGGUAAGGAUAACCGCAUAAGAUCUGUGCCGAAGACUGAAUGCGUUUUCAAAAUGCGAUUUGGAAAUAUGGAAUUUACGAUUUUUGGCAAACAUUUAGCUUUGAGACCGGCGGAGCGGAGUGUAAAGAAGAUAAAAAACUUUAUUGAACCGUUCGAAUUGGAAUGAGAUUAGGGUAAAAUAUAUUUUGUAUAAAAAAACUGAAUAGCUUUUAAGAUUGCACUAAAUAAAAAAAAAACUAACUUCGUAUUUUACAGAUUAAUUAUGUUAAUUGAUUUGUAAG